AAAAAAAAAAAAAAAAAAAAAGGCGAAACCCAGAGAAAGGGUAUAUAUUCUUAAGUACAUCCACGAUUCCCGACAAACCAACAACCAUGACCAGCCUCACUCGUGCGUUCACCAAGCGCCACAAGCGUCCCGAGGUGUCUGCUCCUAUGCCCUACCGCGAGGGUCAAGUCAAGUUUUCGUCGGGCACGAUUAAACGGGGAAAGAUUUCGGGUCCUGUGCAAUUGGUUUCGACUACCAACAUGCUGGCUUACAAUGCGCCCGAUCUGGGCUCUACAACAUCAUCGUCAUCCUCGUCCAUACGAUCGCCAGACGACUCGGAGAUGUCGUUCUCCCAGCAGAGCUUCGGAACGCCCAUUACUUCGCCAGAUGACUCAUCCCGGGAUGUCUCGCCAAUCGAGCCGAAUCAAGCAUCAUAUUUUCCCAAGCAACAGUUUAUUCCCAAGCGAUCGGCGACAACAAUCAGUCACACUCGGUCAUCCACUUCGACUACUUCUUCUACAGAUGCACCAAUGGUCCCAAGACGGGCGCUGUCGCAUACCAAACGGUCGCAUCAGGAAUUGGCCCGGCAGCGCUCGCUGUCGAGGCUAGAUCCCCCGCCGCUGAAUGUCUCUCGCACCCCCUCAGUUCGUCAAGCACCCGAUCCGUCCUUCAAGACGGAAGCGCAUCCAUUUGGCAAGGAACUCGAGCAGGUGAAUGAGGUGGCGGAAGAGUUUGGUGGCACCACCCGGCGAUUUGACGAAGAAGAAGCCGUUCUGUUCAGCAAGGGCCUCAGAAAAUUCACCGUGGACGAUUAUCUCGUCGAGGUGAAUGACCUGUACGGAAGCAUCUUCGACGACCAGCUGGGACCAAUCAGUGUUGCUCAUUGGCUGUGAAUCGUCGGAUUUGUUUCGUUGUGACGAAAUCGGAAUGUCGCUCAAUACGGAAGAGGAGAACAGGCUAUUUUCCCUUUCUGUCAGGCGUCAUAAUUGUACACCACCGUGUGAUUUUCCACUCGUUUCUCAUUUGUACAUGCUAUUUAUGCUAUUUAAUUGUUCUGUUUUCGUUUUGUUAUAUACCAUUUGGGUACUUGAUUGAUUACCCCUGCGUUUGUUAUCGGAUCGGUGGCCUUUUCUGUUUUUGCUAUUUAUCAACGGGACUACGGAACAUUUACGAGACAAGAUAUCUGGUGUGAAUGGAAUGGAUUGAAUUAUAUUGAAGUCAUAAUACUCCGUAGUGAAGUCG